GAUCCUGUUGGAAACUCUUUAAAAGAAGCCACAGAAGCUAAUUCAUCAACUGAAAAAGAGAACAUUCCAACUUUAAGACGAUCAAAACGAAAACCUACACUUUCAAAAAUGGAAUGUAAUACAGUUUCAUCUGAGCAGCAGCCCCAUGAAGGUUUGAAAGCCAAAAAUUUAGCUGCAAAGACUAGAAAAUGCCGUUCAGCAAUAAACCCAAAACUAGAAAUAUCUAGUGUAAAAGAUCUAGAAGCAGAUACUUUAUCAAUGGAAAAUUUUUAUUUUGAAGAAAGAGAAGUGUUAAUUGAAGAGAGUCAUCAUUUAAGUGAAAGGUUAAUUUUAGGGAAUGAAAAAUGUAAUUGGAAAGAAUUAGCAGAAGAGAGGAGAUUAAUGUUAGAGAAAGCUCUGCAUGAAAAUGAAAUGCUACAUGAUCAAUUAAAUGUACUUCAAACUGAAAAUUUCCAGUUAAAGCAGCUAGCAACAGAAGCUGAAGCUUUAGCAUCAACUGUGAGGGAUAUGAUCCAGUAAAAUUUAGGACAAUUUAUAUGUUAUUUAGCCUUGAAAUGAGUUGCUUUUGUCAAGUCCUCUUUGAUUGUGAUUUUCUAGGGAAAAAAUAAAUAAAUAACUUUAAAAGUUUAUUGUGAUUAUGA